AACAUAUCUGUUCCUAGAGGUCAUCCUACGAAGCACCUCUGCGGUGCCUGCUGGAGAACCAAAUAACGCAUUCGCGUAGCUCACUUCCAGAAGCCGUCCUCGUCCUAACCAUUCCUUUUCACUCAGUCUUAGACCUUCCAAUCUGCUAACUAGAGCCUCACGACAACUUCUUACGAUAGACAAGAGACUUGACGUCGUCUUGGAAGAGUUUUUAGGAUAAAACCCCCCUGGUCAAACUUCACGCCGACAUGGCCACGUCAGCAACGUGUAAUAUCCAGCUAGGCGCACUUGGCGCACAGUCAGUGCGGCGGGAGAUCAGCCGCCAUUCAAUAUCGCAACGUAGUCUGCGGUUCGAUGGCCGACUCGAUGGGAGACUCUGCUCCGCUUUUUUGUCCGGAAAUCAGAGCGAAAGAUCCACGAUUUCAGGAUCCUGUAGUUCCAUUUUCCAGGGGACCAACCUCAGACUACCGAGGAAUAAGCUUGUUACGAGGACUCCAGGAAAUUUCUCGUCGCGGCUAUCGGUGCGAGCCUCGGCAGUUUCGAGGAAUGGCGACACUCGCGAGGUGUGGGAGGUGCCGCCGUCGUGGCGCGAUUUCCCAAUUGUCCGCACAAUCGCGGGCGUCGCCGUGCUAUUCGCGAUCGAGCGGGCGCUCGCAGCCACCGCGCGCGCCUACAGCUUCCCCGUGCCCGCGCCCGUGCUGAUGCUGGCGGGAAUCGGCGCGCUUAUGGCGACCGGGACUAAGGCGGCGGAGAUGGUUUAUGACUGGUCCUACCCCGCCAUCUCGUUCUUCGACCAAUGGAUGCCCCUCUUCUUCGUCCCCUCCGUCGCAUCUAUCGCUCUCGCCCCCCUCCCAACCGGCAUAGCCCUGACCAAGUCCAUCGCCCUCCUCCUCUCCUCCUACCUCCUCACUCUCUUCCUCUCCGCCCUCCUAGCGCGCUCCAUAGGCUACCUACUAGACUCCUGGGGGUCCUUUGUUACUAGCCUGGCGGAACGGGGGCGGAAGGGCGCGGGGAGGGGGGGGAGGCGGAAGAGGGGGCCGUUGGGGGACGGGAGCAUGAGCGACGGGGAGAAGGUGGAGCGGCUGGGGGAUGCUGCGCGCAUGUGGGGGAAGCAGGCGGCCCAAGUGGGCGCCAAGGCGCUGGCGAAGGCAGCUAUGGGCGCAGGGGAGAAGGACGUGCAGCAGUUGGCAGUGAAAGCAGCCAAGGCGCUGGACAAAGUGGCAGACAGCAUCAAGACCCCCGCCAGGCAGAAACUGCCGCCGCUACCCCUGUCCUCAGCUAAAUACCUCUAUCUCGCCGCGGCUGUCAUGCUCUCACCUGCGCUCCUAACGCCCGUGCCCACCGCACCAAUGGUGGCGCCUGGUCUUCUCCUUCUCUCCAUCGCUGUCUUCCAGUCCGCCAAGACCCUACCUGCCAACAUCCGCUCGCUGCUGGUCCCCACGGUGGCAGCAGGCGGAAUCAUGACGGCCAUGAUGGCCAUGUACGGCUCCUACGCGCUCAACAACUGGCAGGCGGGAAUUCGCCUGUACUCGCAGGGCGCAGGUGCAUUUCUGGUGGCUUUGAUUGGCCCUGCUGUGGGAGCGUUGGGCUUUAAGGUGCACACGGAGAAGCCCCUGCUCAAGAGAUAUGCACUUGAUAUCGCUGCCACGUGUGCUAUCAUGGCGCCAGUUCAGUUCGUCGUGACAGCACUGCUAGGAAGACUCCUCAUGGCGCCAAAGCUGGUCGUCAACUCGCUCAUUCCCUCGCAUACCACGCUAGGGCUGGCCAUAGAGAUGGUGCCGCUCCUCUCUGCCAGCACAGGGCUGGUGGUGGCGGGUGUGACUAUAGCGGGCACCACUGGCAUCAGCACAGCCAGGACUUUGCUGGAUCAGUGGAAGGUGCGCGAUGCCAUCCACAGAGGGCUAGCUGUGGGCAUUGCCUCCCACUCGCUCGGCACCUCGGCUCUGGUUGCUGAGGAGCCACGCUCUGCUGCAGUGUCGGGACUGGCCUUUGCGCUAAAAGGCACACUCAGCGUUAUCCUUAUAUCCAUUCCAGCCUUCAGAGUGGCGUUGCUCCAAUUAGCCGGUACUGCCUAGCUGCACUGCACACAUCACAGUGCGAGUUGGAGGCAUUUUUUUCGGUUCCCAAUGAGUGAAGGGGAGAGUGGGAAAAUUUUCAUGCUUUACUUUUAUGUACAACACAUUUCUGUUAUGUUAUCGAGAGAAUGGGUAACUAAGGAAAAAUUCUGAGUAGUCAGGUUUCAGUUUUCCUGGUAGUCUGAUUUCUCAGGAUCCAGUAACUUUCAAGCCUGAUUUCUUCAGGGUUCGCAAGUAUGAAUCAGAGUCGUGAUUUUACC